AAUUCAAGCGUCAGUUAGCCGCUGUGUAUGCUAACCGCUAAUAGACUCGUACACGAAGAUAUAAACAAACACUGUGUUUAUUCCGAUUUAAUAUUUGAUGAGAGUGAUCGGAUAAAGAGAUGGAAGCUGUGACGGAUGAAGACGCGUCUAAACUGUCUAAGAUAGAGCUUCGCAAACAGAAAUUGUCAGAAUACCUCGCCGCGAAAGGACGACUGAAAGCUCCCAAUCCAAAGCCGUAUCUCAAGGAGAAGCCUGUUGCCAAGAAGCAAGCUGAAAAUAACCAGAAGUCCAAAACUACGGCCGAAGGAAAAGAGAACCGUGGCAUCAAUGGCACAAAUAUAAAAGAAGUGAAGAGAGCGAAGGCUCCGGACGUUGGCACGUCCUCAAAGAAAGUGUCUGGCAUCAGUUCGCUAGCCAAAGCCCAAACGCAGCCAUCGAGUCGUUCCCGUAACCCUCAUCAGGAAGACUCUCGUGUUUUGAGCACGAAGAGCAAUAAAACCGCUUCAAUUCCAACGAAAGCCCACAAUGCUGAGAAAACUCGUUCUCAAAGAGUCCUUCCCAAAGCUGAGCACCCCGCUCAAACAUCCAGAACCGCCGUCAGUAACCCUUCACGGUCUGGACCGGGCCGCACCGAGACGCACGUCCAGUCGGCGAGGCCUUUGAGUAAAAAACCAACACAAACGGGCGUCAAAUCAGCCUCCGGUCUGACGGGGCGAAGGCCAGCGAUGGCAACCGAGACAAAACUGCAGAGAAAUGAUCCUAAAGCCCACGAGAAACCCACGCGGCUGCCCAGAAGUUCUCAAAGCGACCCGAAACCAAACCCAUCGGACAGAUCCCGUGAGACUCUCUUUGUCGAUGCCGCUAAAUCUAAAUCGAUCUCCAGGGCCUCCACGGCUCUCUCUAAACCUCCCCAGAUCCCCGGAAAUAAAGAACCUGCUGCUGUUAAACGAUCCAGGAGCUGUGUUCUCCCGCGGAAGACCGCUGCUCCUCCAGAGCUUCAGAAGACCUCCAUCCAGACCAAGCCUGCGCUUCAGCUGCAGACGCCCAGAUCCAGGCUCUGUCCCGGCGCUCAAGGGGUCCGGACGGCCCCGGUGGACGGGGCCAAGAAGCCCAGUGCCGCUCAGGAGGAGAGACUGUGAGUAUGCCGCCGUCUGAAGCACUUCUCGUGUUCACGAAGACCUCCUUGCUUUGUUUUGAGUGACACCGAACCUCAAGGGAACCCUGUUCUAACAUUUUGAUGCGUUGGAAACGAUGUGUUGUUUUUAAAAGUGACUCAAAGGGAUAAAUGAACCCAUGACUCACUCUUUCUUCUCUCACACAAAUACAGUCAGAGUUAUAAUAAAAUGUCCUGCUCUUAUAAUGAAGGUGAAUGGCUGAUAAGAUAUUAUCUAUCACACAGAAUGCUCUGAUGAGCUAAUAAAGGCCUUUUUAUGAUG